GUGUGUGUGUGUGUGUGUGUGGGUGUGUGUGUGUGCGGGUGUGUAACAGUAAGUGUGUGUGUGUGUACUGUGAGUGUGUGUGUGUGUGUGUGGGUGUACGGUGAGUGUGUGUGUGUGUGUGGGUGUGUGUGUGUGGGUGUGUAACAGUAAGUGUGUGUGUGUGUACUGUGAGUGUGUGUGUGUGGGUGUGUGUGUGUGUGUGUGUGUGUAACAGUAAGUGUGUGUGUGUGUGUACUGUGAGUGUGUGUGGGUGUGUAACUGUAAGUGUGUGUGUGUGUACUGUGAGUGUGUGUGUGUGUGUGUGGGUGUGUGUGUGUGGGUGUGUAACAGUAAGUGUGUGUGUGUGUGUACUGUGAGUGUGUGUGUGUGUGUGGGUGUGUGUGUGUGUGGGUGUGUAACUGUAAGUGUGUGUGUGUGUGUGGGUGUGUGUGUGUGGGUGUGUAACAGUAAGUGUGUGUGUGUGUGUGUACUGUGAGUGUGUGUGUGGGUGUGUGUGUGUGGGUGUGUAACUAAGUGUGUGUGUGUGUGUAAAACAGUGAGUGUGUGUAUAUAUUGUGUGUGCGUGUGUAUUGUGUGUGUGUGUGUGUGUGUGUGUAACAGUGAGUGUGUGUAUAUAUUGUGUGUGCGUGUGUAUUGUGUGUGUGUGAGUGUGUGUGUGUGUGUGUGUGUGUGUAACAGUGAGUGUGUGUAUAUAUUGUGUGUGCGUGUGUAUUGUGUGUGUGUGAGUGUGUGUGUGUGUGUGUGUGUGUAACAGUGAGUGUGUGUAUAUAUUGUGUGUGCGUGUGUAUUGUGUGUGUGUGAGUGUGUGUGUGUGUGUGUGUGUAUCCUCACCUGCUCUGUUCCUCCAGGUGAGAUGAGGGUUCAGCUGCUGAACCAGACGAUGUUGGAUUUGGGUUACUAUGACGACGGACCGUAUGAGGUGGCGGAUGAGAAAGAGUUAAACGCGGCAUUAAUCCCGCUCCCGUACCACAGCUACCUGGGGUUCUCGGUGGACUCGGCUAAAGGCAUCAUGCACCGCGGGGAGCUAACAUUUGUAGCCGGAGCUCCGCGAGCUAAUCACACGGGCGCGGUGGUGCUGCUAAAGAAAGACAGCGCCUACAGACUGGUACCCGAAUUCAUCCUGUGGGGGGAGGAGCUGGCAUCAUCGUUCGGGUACUCGGUCACAACCACAGACCUCAACCAGGAUGGCUGGACGGAUCUGAUCGUGGGAGCUCCAAACUUUUUUGACCGUAAGGCUGAGAUCGGCGGGGCGGUGUACGUCUUCCUAAAUCCCGCCAGUCACUGGGAGAAAGCUCGACCCAUUCGCCUCAACGGUACCUACGACUCCAUGUUCGGGAUGACGGUGAGCGCCGCUGGAGACCUGGACCAGGACGGAUUCUCAGAUAUUGCCGUUGGUGCUCCGUUUGAUGGAUAUGGUAAAGUUUUUAUUUUCCGAGGCUCUUCUGUGGGAAUCGAAACCAAACCGUCUCAGGUCCUGGACGGGAUGAACGCGGGCGUGGCUCGGUUCGGUUACUCUCUCUCCGGGGGGCUGGAUAUUGAUGGGAAUCUGUAUCCAGAUGUGGCGGUGGGAUCCCUGAGUGAUCAGGUGGUUCUGUUCAGGUCGCGGCCGGUGAUCCACGUGAGUCGAGAUGUUUCAGUGGAAACUCAGCAGAUCGACUUGAGCCAGUCCAGCUGUGAGGAUCGAGAUGGAGUCUGUGUGGAUAUAAAAGCGUGUUACACUUAUACAGCUCAUCCAGCGUCGUACUCUCCUCAUAUCACGCUCAGGAUUCAUUUUGAAGCUGAAACCGAGCGCAGGAAGUUAGGACUCCAGCACAGAGUUCACUUCCUGGGUCGAAGAGCAUCUGAACCUGAAUACGUUCAUUCUAAAGAGCUGCUGCUGAGGGGCCAAAAUUACCCAGCAUGCCAAAGUGCCACCUUCAUCCUCCAGGACAGUAUCAGGGAUAAACUGCGCCCGGUGUCUCUCGCCAUCACCCACACCAUAGUGGCGACCCGGCAUCACGGUCACCGCCACGACCACACCCACCAUCACCUGGGUCACCUCACUCCGGUUCUGGGUCUCACUCCUCCUAAUACAUACCACACUGAGGUGAAUUUUCUCAGAGAGGGGUGUGGUGAUGACAAGAUUUGCCAGAGUAACCUUCAGCUGAGCUACAGAUUUGGAACCCUCUCCACUUCAUCAGAUUUGUUCGCUCCUUUAGCCAUAGGGGAGGGUGUACCCGUGCUCUCUCUGACUGAUCAGAAGUCAGUAGUUUUGGAGGUGAUGGUGAUGAACUCACCCACUGACCCAGAGAGACCAGAAGAGGACGGAGACGACGCCCACGCUGCCCAGCUCACCCUCACACUGCCACACACACUCACCUACUCAGGAGUCCGGGGACAGGUGGUGUGUACAGCGAAUCAGAAUGGAACAUCAGCAGAGUGUGAGCUGGGUAAUCCGCUAAAGAGAGACGCUGUGUUAAAGUUUUAUGUUAUAUUGAGCACAUUGGGCAUCACCAUGGAAACCACGUCCCUAUCAGUGGACCUGCUGAUGAGCACGAUCAGUGAGCAGCCUGGAUUAUCUGUGAUCUCUGCGUUUGCCCGAGUGGUUAUAGAACUUCCUCUCACCGUCAGCGGGGUGGCUCGUCCUCAUCAGUUGUUCUUCAGUGGGUGGGUUCGGGGUGAGAGCAGCAUGGUGACGCUGGAUGACGUGGGCAGUGAAGUGGAACAUGAUUUUAUUGUAUCCAGUACUGGACAGUCUGUACACACUCUGGGUUCGGCGUUUUUGAACAUCAUGUGGCCGUAUGAACUGGUGAACAGGAAGUGGUUGCUUUAUCCCACCAGUUUACACUCGGACCAUCCACACACACACUGUACACACCACACACACCUCAACACACUUGGCCUGAAGGACAAACACCACACACACACUGAGGACCUGAAGGUGAGGAAGACUCGCUCUCAUCCUGAGGAAGAGGAAACGACGCUGAUCAAACACAACGUAAACGAGAACACACCCGCCGUUGCUGCUAACGAGAAACGCAAAUCACUAAAACUGGACUGUGUGUUGGGUUCAGCAAGGUGUGUGGUGUUCCAGUGCACUCUACACAGUUUCUCUGGUUCUGCUGGAUUCAAAAUCAAAGCUCGUCUCUGGAACUCAACCUUCAUAGAGGAGUUUUCGUCGGUCAGUGCAGUAGAGGUGAUGGUGAGAGUGAACAUCACUGUAAAAUCCACCAUUAAACACCUGGUACUGAGAGACACUGCUGCUGCACAGGUCUCACUGAUGGUGUAUCCUGAGCUGAGUGUGUUAGAUCAGUCAUGGAUUCCGUGGUGGAUCAUCCUCAUCGCCGUCCUCGCUGGAGUGAUGAUCCUCGCCCUGCUCGUGUGUGUCCUGUGGAAGUGUGGAUUUUUCCGGAGGUCUCACUAUGAGGACAGUGUUCCACAGUACCACGCUGUGAGGAUCCCACGCCAGGAACGUUCCCACCCAAACACACAGCAGGAACCCUCCACCCCCAACGGCAAACAGUGGAGGACUCACUGGAACCACAGUACACGCUGAUACACACACACACACACACACACACAGUACACACUGAUACACACACACACACACACAGUACACACUGAUACACACACAUGUACAUACACACACACACACACACACUGUAAAUUGCACUUUUAUUUGGUGUGUGAGGACUUAAGGGAUCUGAUACGUUGGUACCGUUACAGCUAACAUGCUGGUUUUAUUUAAACGUGUGUGUGUGUGUGUGUGUGUGUGUGUGUGUGUGUGUGUAGGAGGUUUGUACACGUUAGCGUUACUGUAAACACGAUCUGCUCUAAACACCAUUAAAGUACAUUUUUCUGAAUCAUUUAUAAGA